GUGCAGGUCCCUGUGUGUGUGCAUGUCCCUGUAUGUGUGCAUGUAUCCCUGUGUGUGCAGGUCUCUGUGUUAGUUGUGGCUUCUGUGGUGCUGCAGCCCCUCCUUUGGGGAUGCUGCGCUCUUCCUUGCCUGAAGCCUAGCACUCUGGUUGUCCAGUUGUCCAGCGUCGUGCCGGGUGAAUUCUGCAGUGACUGUGCGUCCUGGGCACAUGGGCUGGCAGGGCCUGCGUCCUCUCUGGCCAGCCUCCCCUGUACCCAGAGCCAACCAGGCCUGGCCGGCUUUUCGAGCUGUGUUGAGAGGAGGCCGGGCCGAUUUGCUGCCGUCGGGUGCUGUGGCUGUGGGUGUGCUGGGGAGCAGCUGCCCGGGUCUGGGGUGAGGGAGUGUGAGACAGGGCUGUCCCCACGGCAGCACAGGGUGGGGCCCAGGUGGGCACGUCUGCACCCGCUGAGCCCUCCCCAGUGCCGACAGCCGUGUGGGUGUGGGGCUGGGGCUCCCCGGCCCCGUCCAAUGACCCAAGGCCCCGCUCUGAGCAGCUGAGCAUGGGGCCCCCUCGUGCCCCGGCACGGACCGUGCUCUUCCAGCGGGAAAGGACGGGCCUGACCUACCGUGUGCCCGCGCUGCUCCCGGUGCCCCCGGGGCCCACCCUGCUGGCCUUCGCGGAGCAGCGGCUCAGCCCCAGUGACUCCCACGCCCACCGCCUGGCGCUCAGGAGGGGCACGCUGGCCGGGGGCUCCGUGAGGUGGGGCGCGCUGAGCGUGCUGGGCUCGGCGGCCCUGGAGGAGCACCGCUCCAUGAACCCCUGCCCCGUGCUGGACGCCGGCACCGGCACCGUCUUCCUCUUCUUCAUCGCCGUGCUGGGCCACACGCCUGAGGCCGUGCAGAUCGCCACAGGCAGGAACGCGGCGCGUCUCUGCUGCGUGAGCAGCCGCGACGCUGGCCUCACGUGGGGCAGCGCCCGCGACCUCACCGAGGAGGCCAUCGGCGGUGCUGUGCAGGGCUGGGCCACGUUCGCCGUGGGCCCGGGCCACGGCAUCCAGCUGCCCUCGGGCCGCUUGCUGGUGCCCGCCUACGCCUACCGCGUGGACCGCCGGGAGUGCUUCGGCAAGAUCUGCCGGACCAGCCCCCACGCCUUCGCCUUCUACAGCGACGACCACGGCCGCUCCUGGCACUGCGGGGGCCUCGUGCCCAACCUGCGCUCCGGCGAGUGCCAGCUGGCUGUGGUGGACGGCGGCCGGGCCAGCAGCGUCCUCUACUGCAACGCCCGCAGCCCCCUGGGCCGCCGCGUGCAGGCGCUCAGCACCGAUGAGGGCAGCUCCUUCCUGCCCGGGGAGCUCGUGCCCCCCCUGGCUGAGACAGCCUGGGGCUGCCAGGGCAGCAUCGUGGGCUUCCCAGCCCCGCCCCCCAGCAGGCCGCCGGGGGAGGGAUGGGCGGUGGGUCCCAGGAGGCCCCCCCACCCUGCCCGUCUCUGUCCUGGAGUCCAGGAACCCCCAGCGGAGGGCACUGGGGAGCCCCGUGGAGGCCAGGUGCCGGAGGGGCCCUUCAGCCACCCACAGUGCCGGAGGGAUGGCCCUGGGCAGCCUGGCCCUGGGCCUGGGGUCGGUGGGGACAAGGGGCCCUGCACCCUGGCCCUGCCUGCCACCCCUGCCACCCUGCCCCAGAGCCCCACGUGGCUGCUGUACUCCCACCCCGCCGGGCUCAGGGCUCGGCUGCACAUGGGCAUCCGCCUGAGCCGGGCCCCACUGGAUCCCCACAGCUGGACGGAGCCCUGGGUGAUCUACGAGGGCCCCAGCGGCUACUCCGACCUGGUGUCCAUCGGGCCCAGCCCCGUGGGGGCCCUGGCCUUCGCCUGCCUGUAUGAGAGUGGGGCCAGGACCUCCUACGAGGAGAUCUCCUUCUGCAUGUUCUCCCUGCGCGAGGUCCUGGAGAACGUGCCCUCGGGCCCCCGGCGGCCCCACCUCGGGGACAAGCCUCAGUGCCGGCCCUUCUGACGGCCCGCUGGCCAGCUGGGCCCUGGCUCCCGGGGCGGGGCGGGGCAGGUGCAGGACCCCACAGCCCAGGCUACGUCCCGCCCGCCCGCCGCUGGGUUCCCCUUAGCGUGCUCACUGCGGGGAAUAAAGGGUCCCCCAUGUCCAGGCAGAUGCUUCUUUGCUGUUCUUUUCCCCGCACAAGGCCUGGGCUGGCGCUGGUGCCUGGGUGGCUCCCCGGAACCCCCACAGCUCGCGCUGCCUCGAGUGGCCAGCAGGGGCAGGAGAGGAAGAGGCACCUCUGUCCACCUCCUCUUCCGACAACCGAGAUCAGUCUGGGACUCGUGAGUGGCGCGUCUGCCCAGCGCCCGAGCCAGAGCUGCCCGCCCUCCCCGCCAGGGCAGAGCUGGACGCCCCGAGGUGGUCACCUCCCCGGGCCGUCACCUCCCUUCCACUGCCCCCACUGGGUCGGGGCGUUCCCUCGGGCAGGCCCCUUUACCUUAUGCUUUUAGCCUCCAUUUCUGAGUGUAGAAACCAUCCGCGCACAUCACAGGACGCUGGAAAGCAGGAAGGACUGCGUGGGCGCCCGACCCCGCGCUCAGCGCACUUGGGCUCCGGAGGGCGCUGUUGGGCCUCUCCUCAUUCCUUCCCCAGCCCCCGCCCUGCCACCACUCCCGGCUGUGAAUUGUGUGUGGGGAGCUCCUUCGGGUGUCUCUGGUCCAGUCACCUCCCUGGAUUCCAGGACCGCGGGGCCUCCCCAAGGCUGGGCACCCACUGCUGGUCCCCAGGGUGUCCCGGAGGCCUCGAAGCCACCAGGGUUCCCAGGGGAGCAGGCAGGACCCCCCUCUGCUCCCCAUCCUCACGGCCGCUGCCUGCAGGGAGGGUCUCUGGCGGUGCAGCGGGGCAGGUGGGGCCUGGAUCUGGGGCCCCUCAGGGCCCCGAGCGUUUGGGCUGCCGUCCAGGGACUCC